AUGAUUAGUCGAGAGUUUGAGAGGAGGCUAGCACCUCUGUGUCCUUGAGUUCUAGGGGACAGUCCCUGGACCCUAGUGGAUGUGAGGCAAAACCGUACGAUCAAAGGGGUGGUUGACGGCUACGACACUCUUAGAGUUUCUGGAGGUUGCUGGGGGUGGUCGCAUGGCGGUCUGACAGGUUCCCUUUUAUUUUUCCGGGCUCGUAUUUGGGUUUUGCUCCUAACUAUGAUAAUGAUACAUGUUCAGAGAUUACAACUUUUUUGGUUAGUAUAUCACAAAGAAACGAUGUAUUAAUCACUCGGUGUGGGAUAUCUCUACUACUA